CUUCUCCUAUUUACGGUGCCCGCAGCUCACACAGGCUGUUGGACAUCACAGACGGGGUAGGGAGAGAGCACGUCAGCGCGGCGGAACAGAGCGAGGAGAUUCCCUCCGGGUUUCGUCUUCCCUCGGGAUCGAUCUCGUUGGCCGGGAGAGCAGGGGGCGAUGGCGGGGGACGGCGGUGGCGGGGUGGACUGGGAGAGCCUCGCGGAGGCCACGUCCGGGGCGGUCGGCUCGCUCGUCAGCACCACCGUGCUCUACCCGCUCGACACCUGCAAGACCAAGUUCCAGGCCGAGCUCCAGACGCAGCAAGGCGCGCACAAGUACAGGAACCUUUCAGAUGUCUUUUGGGAAGCAGUUCGUAAAAGACAGAUUUUGUCCCUAUAUCAGGGCCUUAACACGAAGAACAUUCAGUCUUUUAUUUCGUCAUUUUGUUACUUUUAUGGUUAUAGCUAUUUUAAAAGACUCUACUUGGAGAAGAGUGGAGCAAAGUCUAUUGGAACAAGAGCCAACUUGUUAGUUGCAGCUGCUGCUGGUGUUUGCACAGUUAUUGUGACACAGCCACUAGAUACAGCAGCUUCUAGGAUGCAAACAAGUGCCUUUGGAAAGUCUAAAGGGCUGCGGGAAACUCUUGCGGAAGGUACUUGGAUGGAAGCAUUCGAUGGCUUGGGCAUUUCCAUUAUAUUGACUUGUAAUCCUUCUAUCCAGUACACUGCAUUCGAUCAGCUCAAGCAAAGGCUAAUUCAGAGGCAGAGACGUAAAAAUGCAGAAUCGGCAGAGGAUUCUUCCCGAGUUGCUCUUUCUGCUUUCUCAGCUUUUCUCCUUGGGGCCAUCUCAAAAAGUGUUGCUACAGUAUUGACUUAUCCAUUAAUCAGGUGCAAGGUCAUGAUUCAGGCUGCAGACCCUGAUGAAGAUGAUGACGAUGAAUCAGAAAGGCCAAGCAAAUCAAGAGCACCCAAAACAAUGUUAGGUGCCUUGCGUGCUAUCUGGAGCAAGGAAGGCAUUCCAGGCUUCUUCAAAGGUUUACAUGCUCAGAUACUAAAAACGGUUCUGAGCUCUGCAUUGCUGCUGAUGAUUAAGGAGAAGAUUUCGAAGUUCACUUGGGUUUCACUGCUUGCCCUGCGGCGGUAUCUGUUUGUUUCUCAGAAGAGGAUCAAGAGUGCUUAAGUGUAUACAUAUGUUAGCUUCAAAACACCGACGUAAUGGUCUGCAUGGUGCAUCUGGAGAUCUUAUACGAAGGAAUAAAUCUGAGGAAUAACGAGAAUAACUAUGGAAGCAAACAGUACGGUAUAUGUGGGAUCACCCCUUUUUUUCAAGAAUACUGUGUGGGAUCACCUUAGCAUCAGGGAAAUGUUCCUCGAUAAGUUCGUUCAUUCCUUCUUUUAGCUCUGAAAUAGGUGUUGCCAGGACCGGGAACUGAACUGUACUUUUGGUGUUGGUUGUUAUCUGUAACGUGCAACAUAGCUGUCUUGUUAAUAUUCCCCUUCCUUGGCAGCAAAUAAAUGGAUUGCAAUUCCCUUUUGGAA